AUGGAUCUAUUUGUAUUUUUAAUCGUUUUCGCUGUUGUCAUAUUCUUCAUUGCAUUCUUACCAUUGUUGUCUGGUGUUGCAUCUUACAAGUUACAAGCUACAAGUAAACAAGACUAUAAAUCUGAGAAAAAUGAUGAUGAUGAUCAAGUGGACUUCAACCAAGGUUACUUGUCUCCAGAAGAGAGAGCACAACUAGAGGCAAAAUCAAGCUCCAGAGAUUCAAAGUUUUCAAAACUAAAACAUAUUCCAAAUGUGUCCAAGAGUGAUAUUCCCUUCAAAUUUGCACCAAAAAUCAACGAUGGGGAUAGUAAAAUACGUAAUAGAAAAGUCAAAAAUGCUGAUAUUGAUCUAAAUCCUUCACAUUAUGACUAUGAUCUUGAUGAAUUAAUUGAAGAGGAAAACAGAGAAGAUGCAAAAGAGAAACAAAGAGAGUUCCAACAGAGAUUAUAUAAAGGUGAUAAUCUUCAAGAAAUGGCUUGA